AUGUCAUCGAAGUCAUUCCCGCUCCGUGUUAUUGUGGGGUUGCCACUUGAGUUACAGUCCCGUAUUCUUUCUUUAUUGGUCCAUGAUGUUUCUCGGUCCGGGGCUCUAGAUAAGAUUCUCGAUGCGAUUCAUGAGGGGCCCUUACGCAGAGUCUUGGUCAGUCUAGUACAUACCAUCACAAUACGCUCUACAGAAUCAUCUACUGUACAAUGUAACCUCGAUCCUCACAUUAAUGAAAGUUACCUCAGUCUUUUCCGCAGAUAUCCUGAGAUAACCACCCUAGUCAUUUUGCCAGGAGAUUCUUCUAGUCAGGAUUUGGCUAUUACCCAUCCCUCUCUUUUCUAUUUUCUCGCUACUCAGGUGAAAUAUAUUGAAAACUAUGACUUGAGCACAGUUUGCAUCUACCAGAAGCAGCGUUUUCGUUCCAAACUCACAAAAAUUCACUACGAGUAUGAUAGUCGCAUAUACUUGGGAGAGUUGACUAGCAUGGAGAACUUAGAGCUCUUGCAUUGUGAUAUUUUUAGUCAGUUAAUGGUCAAUUACCAUUCUUUGUUCAAAUGGAUUCAGAGCGCUCCUCAAACUAAUAGGAAAUUACGCUUUCUCUCUGUCAAUAUCAAUCCGACCGGGCUUAUUGGCGGUAAUUUUGAUCCCUACGAUUCUUUCAUUAUUCAGUAUAAAGAGUUCGAAUCCAGGCAUAAAAACUUUACUUCUUUCCUCGAUUUUACUGUACCUUACAUGCAGCUUCUUUCUCCAAUAAGUUCACUAGAGCGCCAUUUGACCCGCUGGAGAUGCCAAACGGUGGAGCUCAAAUGUUCCUCCAAUACUGAGGAAAUCCUUCAAGAUUUUGUUAUCCUCCAAUCGCUGCCCUCUCUGACCCAUCUCAGUUUGCAUUUCCCUAUUCAUCCCCUGACUAUAUUGUCCACAUUUAAUCUAGAGUUGCCCAAGUUGAAGUCACUCAUACUAAAAUACUGUAACAACUACUUAUCGCCCAAUUUUGUUUAUCUUUCUCAAUUGCGGUCAUUUAAAGUCUAUCAGUCCUCUUUGACUAGAGAGACCAUACAAUUACCUGCUUCAUUGCAGGUUCUUGAACUCUCAAAUACGCGUAUCAGCCUAGAUCUCUCCCAACUUCCUACAAAUAUUUCUGACUUAUCUUUGCUAAAUGUUCAGAAUUUGAACCCCACUGUGCUUGAUCUUCAUAAUCAUACACGUCUAUCCAAGAUCAUCUUUCAAACUCAUAAUAAGUUGCUUCUCAAAUCACUUCCUUCCUCUCUUGAGUCCUUGACACUAUUCAAUAUUAGACAAUUGAAAAUCAUCAAUGCGUCGGUCUUCGGUCAUUGUUCUAAUCUACGAACAAUCUCCAUAAAAACAGAAGCACCCUCAGAUUUUGAUAGACUCGUUUCCAAGUGUAUUUGGCCUGAUUCCUUGCGGCAGUUAUCGAUAAAAGUUUUCCAAACUGCCGAGUUAAGGAACUUGCCAGAUAAAUUAAGAACUCUAAGCAUAGAUUUCCCGAAAGGAUCUACCCAAAACUACUUGUUUCUCGGGUUUGCAGAACACGAAAUGUUCUUUAGAAAAAAGGAACUACUGGAGUACGAAAUCAACUUGGAUGAUCCUAACACGAUUACACUAUACAUUGAUAGGAUACCUAUGAGUAUUGAGGAUGUCGAAACUUGGGGGGACUUUGCUGUUCCAUAUUCUGAUGACUCUAGUAGCGACUCGUUGGUAAUAACUGGAGCUAAUGACUUCGUUCAAGAUAAUCAAAAGACCACAAAGCUUAGUGUAAUUCUUCGCAAUCAGAUGGUAGACCUUCAUUUCUCUAUUUUAGAUGAUGCAACUGAAUUAUUUUGGUUACGAGAACUAAAGAAAAAAAAGAUCUGA